GAGGCACUCAGGUUGCUGGCCAUGCUUGCGCCAGGCGGAAAGCUCUCUGCGCUCCUGUCCAAGGACUUGGCAUCAAGAAGCUUAGCCCUGGCCGAAUCGCUUCUACUGCGCAGCCAAUUCCUGAAACGUCCUCCGCCAGAGGAGCCCUUUACGUUGGCUGAGUCCAUCGCUGUGGCGGAUGGCCUGCGAGGCAGUUCUGCGCAAGCGGCCGCACUGGACUUGCUUGCGGCGGCCCAGCAUCAGGUGACGAGGCAGGUCGUGAAGUGCUGGGAAGAGGUGAUCAGUGCUUCAGUGGGCGGUGGUGCUCUCGCUCAGCACGCCCUGCUGAAGCUUGUUGCAGAUGCUCUUAACGCCUAUGGCAUCGGGCUAGGAGUUGAGUCCAAGCACUCAGCCCUCUCGCGCUUGAAGCCGAUGCUAGUACUAGCGGCCGGGGAGCUGCGCAUGGGCUUGGAGGGGUACGGAACGCAAGAAGGCCUAUGCGCAGCCUGCAUGAUGCUGGAGGCAGCCAUCGUGGCGCUGGGCAAGGAUGCUGAGGCCCUGGAGAGCGGCAACCUCGAAGAGGUCUCCAACUGCUUGCGAGAGCUGCACCGGGCGAUGCAGGAUGCCUUCGACUUCUUGAGCGAUCUCCCGCGUGAUUUGGCCACGCCUCCCAAGGAGCUGCCCAUGCUUGCGCGUGUGGUGGCCGCAUUCCAGGUGGAGGACCCUCGGCAGUUCUCUGCGGAGUUCCAGCGCACGCUCUGGGCGUUGUGCCUCCUGCCCCCUCAAGAGUUCCAGGUGCUGCUUCCCUGUCUCCAGGAGCUCCAAGACUGGCAGGCGACUCCGGGGUUCGGCAAGGUGUUGGAGGUUGCGGUGUGGGGCCUGGAGGAGACCCAGCUGAGCGAGUCACCAGAGGUCUGGCGUCAGUGCUCCAUGAUGUUGGCCGAAGUGGCGCUCGAUGCUGCCGUCUAUUUGCCGGAGGUUGCCAUUCCAGAGAUAUGCGCCGAAGAGGUGCCCUCGCCUUCGCCGGCCUCUUCUUCCAGAUCUGCGGAGGUCGCCCACGCGCGGCUUGCUGCCAGCCGCCUGCGCGCGCCACGGCCUGUUCCAGCGGCCGAUCCCACCCACGAGGGCGUGCUUGGCUCGGUCCAGAAGCCCUGA